AUUUCGGUUUCGCUAUUCUAAACGCGAGCUGCCGCGUGUUUGAACGACUAGGUUUGGAUGGUGAUUGUAUAAGUAUCUGGUCGUCUUGUAUAAGGAGGGAUCGUGCAAAAUGAUUAUUUUGUAGCUCAGGAAUUGAGACAUUGAAAGAAAUGAACUGGGUAUCGUCAUAAAUGCAGGCAAGUCAUCCAUCAACGUCUGCCAAAAGGUCCAUCCCCAAAGAAAGACCUCAACUCCCAUGAAGUCAAAGCCCCAAUCGCAAGAAACCGGGUCUCAAGAAAUGUGAAGCUUCAUGCCAGGAAGACUUCAAUGUCAAACAACAAACCGACCGACCAUCCAUAUUUUCUUGGAGAACUUAUUCGCACGAGAGAACGACUCCAGGUGUCCAUCACUCUGCUUCUGUAGGCGACGGCUCUCUGCUUCUCUUCCUUUUCAAAUCAUCACCGUCGUGUAAACUCAACGGUGAUUGCUCGCGUUGAUUUGGCGGACUAUGCUCUGGUGUUGGAAGUCUUAUGCAAGUGCAAUGCCUGAGAAGUUCUUCGCAUCUCGCAAGUCUUUCCAGAAGAUCUUGAUUCGGACGUCUGCGCUUCCUUGGCGGAGCUGGUAAACUUGGAGUGCAGACUGUUUUGAGCUAUCAAGCUGUCAGUAUCUGAAUCAUUAGGACCUUUUAGAGCGGUUUACCCUUAUGCAAUUUGAACACGGACUCUUCCGAUCGCAUUUCUUUUUCCUCUGUUGGCAGAGCACACAUGACAGCACUCUCUUGCCCGUCUUCUUCGGCUCCGAAUCCACUGACGUAUUUGUAACUGUAGGACUCAAGUCCGUAGACUCAUCCCUAUGAGAAACAGGACUCGACAUUUUCGUAUAAAUUUUACGAUAAUUAUCUUUUUACAAUAUCUCAACUCGCAUCUCAUGAGAUGUCGAUGUCGACUUUAAAAGCAUAUAGCCCAAACUCUGACCCUCAACGACUAGGGUGAAGACGAUUGGGUAGCAGAUCAUGCAACAAAAUCCAUGUCGGAAAAUGGGGUGCCACACUCGGGCAGUCGGGCUCGAGACGCAUCCCGAGAACUCUCCACAACUUCCCGACGCGAGGGGUGGCAUACCGGGAUAUUGGAACUUGGAGAUGCGGGUAAUUUUGGUGAACAUGCGAUUCGGGAGACGCAGUCUGUCAAGAGUCCGCUUGGCCGACUUAAAAGGAGGUUUAUGUGUUCAUCAUCACGAUACUGAAGCUUUAUUUCCAGCAAUUCGUUUCAGUUUUGUCUUAUUGGAAAUUGUGUUGAUAUGAGAGGCUGGAGCGUAUUGGGCAUCAGAUCAUAAUGAGUCCACUCGCAUGCAAGUCGCUUGUACUCAAUCUCUAGAUUUCUGAAUCUCAAACCUCUCGACUUAUACUAUCUCUAUCAAGAAGCAAGUAAUCAACAUAUCCCAUAGUACUCAAGAAGAUACACAGGUCAAGCAAAUCAAUCAUGGCAUCAACUUAUAUGGGCGGUACCUCCGUCCAGCCAGCACCACUACCUGGACUGGAAAAUGUGACGACAAAUAAUCAGACUACUACCUCAACUCAUGACACUCAAGCCCCCGUGAAUCCAAGUUCAGACACAACUCCCACGAACUAUUCUCAAGACCACAUGGCUUCCAAGGACGAAACACCAGCCAAAUCCACCACAGAAGAUGAAGAAGACUCGGAACUCGAGCGCAGACACAGCAUUGUCCGCGACCUGGCACGCCAAUACACCAACCAGAGUCAAAUGUCUGCUAUCAGUGGCAAUCCCUUUACAGCAGAUGAAAACAGUCCCCUGAAUCCCAGAAGUGACAAGUUCAGAGCGUUGGCUUGGGCAAAGGCUAUUUCGAAAUUGCACAGUGAAACUGGCUUCACUAAUCGCAAAGCUGGUGUUUGCUAUCAGAACUUGAACGUAUUUGGAUAUGGCCAGCCCACAGAUUAUCAGAAGAACGUGGCCAAUAUUUGGCUUGACGCUGCUUCACUUCCACGACAGUUGAUGGGAUAUGGAAAGACAAGGAUCGACAUCAUUCGAGACUUUGAUGGAGUUGUCAAGAACGGAGAGAUGUUGGUGGUAUUGGGUCCGCCUGGAUCUGGCUGCUCGACAUAUCUCAAGACCAUUUCCGGCGAGACAAGUGGUAUCUACAUCAACGAUGAUGCAUACUUCAACUACAGGGGCAUAACGGCCCAUGAGAUGCACACCCGCCAUCGCGGAGAAGCAAUCUACACCGCAGAAGUAGACGUCCACUUCCCCCACCUCACAGUCGGCGACACCCUCGACUUCGCCGCCCACGCCCGCGCCCCACGCUCUAUCCCCGGCGGCAUCGACCGUGAGACCUUCAUCUCGCACUCCCGCGACGUGGUAAUGGCCAUGUUCGGCAUAAGCCACACGGUAAACACAAAAGUCGGAAACGAGUACGUCCGCGGCGUAUCCGGCGGCGAGCGCAAACGCGUCACCAUCGCCGAAGCCUCGCUCAGCGGCGCGCCGCUGCAGUGCUGGGAUAAUAGCACACGGGGCCUUGAUUCAGCGAAUGCGGUUGAGUUUUGUAAGACGUUGAGGCUGCAGACGCAGAUGUCUGAUACGGCGGCUCUGGUAUCGAUCUAUCAGGCCCCGCAGGCUGCUUACGAUAUCUUUGAUAAGGUUGUUGUGUUGUAUGAGGGGAGGCAGAUUUUCUUUGGGGGGACCAAGAUGGCGAAGCAGUAUUUUGUUGAUCUGGGUUUUGAGUGUCCUGCGAGACAGACGGUGCCGGAUUUCCUGACGUCGAUGACGAGUCCGCAGGAGCGAAUUAUUCGGAAAGGGUUCGAAGACCGUGCACCAAGGACACCAGAUGAAUUCGCAGCAGCGUGGAAAGCUUCCCAAGCCAACGCCCGUCUGCAACGAGAAAUCGAAGAGUAUAAACGCGAUUUUCCGAUCAAUGGUCCAGAAGCAGAAGAGUUUAGAGCGAAUCGACGCGCAGCGCAGGCUAAGAACCAACGAAAGAAGAGUCCAUACACGUUGAGCUACUGGCAGCAAACGAAGCUCUGUGUCUGGCGGGGCUUCAAACGCUUGGUUACAGAUCCGACUAUAACGCUUACGCAGUUGUUUGGGAAUUUCAUCAUGGCGCUGAUUGUGGGGAGUGUGUUUUAUAAUAUCGAUCAGACGACCGCGAGCUUUUUUCAGAGGGGUGCUUUGCUUUUCUUGGCUUGUCUUUCGAAUGCGUUUUCUAGUGCUCUUGAGAUUCUUACGUUGUAUGCUCAACGACCUAUAGUCGAGAAGCAUGAUCGCUACGCCCUAUAUCAUCCAUCGUCUGAAGCAGUGGCUUCUAUGCUCUGCGAUAUGCCCUACAAGAUCCUCAACGCCUUCACAUACAACCUAACACUCUACUUCAUGACCAACCUCCGCAGAGAGCCCGGUCCAUUCUUCUUCUUUCUUUUCAUCACAUUCCUCGUCACGCUCUGCAUGUCCAUGAUUUUCAGAACGAUUGCUUCUGCGUCUCGAACACUCUCUCAAGCUAUGGUCCCCGCUGCUCUUCUCAUCCUCGCGUUAGUUACUUUCACGGGCUUUGUUAUCCAGAUUGACUAUAUGCUUGGUUGGUGCCGAUGGAUCAACUACGUCAAUCCGCUUGCGUAUGCGUUCGAAUCACUCAUGGUGAAUGAGUUUCAUAACCGCAAGUUUGAGUGUAACUUGUUCAUCCCUACGUAUCCGGAUGCAGCGCCUGAGAAUCGCGUUUGCUCGACUGUUGGGGCUGUACAGGGUGAACCUAUGGUUUCAGGGGACAGAUACAUCAAUUUGUCCUUCUCAUACUACCAUGCGCACAAGUGGCGAAAUGUAGGUAUCGUCAUCGCUUUUACACUUCUUUUCCUCGCGACAUACAUGUUCUUCGCCGAAACCGUCAGCGCAAAGAAGUCAAAAGGAGAAGUUCUUGUUUUCCGUCGAGGACACAGACUUGCAAAGAACAGAGUUGAUGCAGAGUCCAGUCCAGCAGGUCGCGUGGCUAUUACUGAGAAAGAAGGCUAUGGAGAAGGACAGCCGUCUAACUUCAAGUCAACGAGUGUCUUCCACUGGAACAACGUGUGCUACGACAUCAAAAUCAAGAGUGAAAACAGGCGUAUUCUUGAUAACGUAGCCGGAUGGGUCAAGCCCGGUACAAUGACAGCUCUAAUGGGCGUUUCAGGAGCCGGUAAAACAACCCUCCUCGACUGUCUCGCCGACCGCACAAGCAUGGGCGUUAUCCACGGCGACAUCCUCGUCGACGACAAACUCCGCGACGCCUCCUUCCAACGCAAAACAGGCUACGUCCAGCAACAAGACCUGCACCUAUCCACAACAACAGUCCGCGAAGCCCUCAACUUCUCCGCCAUAAUGCGUCAGCCAAAACACAUACCGGUAAAACAGAAGAUCGCAUACGUUGAUGAAGUCAUCAAGAUGCUCGACAUGCAGGACUAUUCUGAAGCAGUCGUCGGUGUUUUAGGCGAGGGCUUAAAUGUGGAACAACGGAAACGAUUAACGAUCGGUGUUGAACUCGCUGCAAAACCGCCAGUUUUACUGUUCGUUGAUGAGCCUACGUCGGGAUUGGACUCACAGACUUCAUGGGCUAUUCUAGACUUGUUGGAAAAGCUGGCUCGUAGCGGACAAGCUAUCCUCUGCACCAUUCACCAACCAUCAGCCAUGCUCUUCCAGCGCUUCGACCGCCUACUCUUCCUAGCCAGCGGAGGGAAAACAGUGUAUUUUGGAGACGUCGGCGAUCAUUCCCGCACAAUGACUCAGUAUUUCGAAGCACACGGCGCAGAACCAUGUCCGCCUGAAGCAAACCCCGCAGAAUGGAUGCUCGAAGUAAUCGGCGCAGCACCCGGUUCCGAGACGAACCUCGACUGGCCGCAGAUCUGGAAAGACUCCUCCGAAUUCGCUGCUGUGCAACAACACUUGCAGGAACUAUCUCAUCAUAGGGUUGAGAAGAGUCAGGAUGAAGAUCCGCAUUUGUACGAUGAGUUUGCUGCUACGUUUACGACGCAGUUGAAGUACGUGACCACACGAGUUUUUGAGCAGUACUGGAGAACGCCUUCGUAUAUAUACUCGAAAGCGGCGCUGUGUACGCUCGUCGCAUUGUUCAUUGGCUUUUCGUUUUAUCAGGCGCCCAACACGGCGCUUGGGCUGCAGAAUCAGAUGUUUGCGAUUUUUCAGGUGUUAACUGUCUUUGGACAGCUCACGCAGCAACAGAUGCCUCACUUUGUCAUUCAACGAGAUUUGUACGAAGUCCGAGAACGACCCUCCAAAACCUACAGCUGGCAGGUCUUCAUCCUAAGUCAAAUCAUCGUCGAAAUCCCCUGGAACACUCUCAUGGCUGCGAUUAUGUACUUUUGCUGGUACUACCCUAUCGGUCUAUACCGCAACGCCGAACCCACCGAUGCAGUAGCUGAGCGCGGCGCCCUAAUGUUCCUGCUCUUCCUCGUCUUCAUGCUCUUCACCUGCACCUUUACCGAUUUCAUAAUCGCAGGGUGCAGCUCAGCCGAAACAGGAGGAAAUAUCGCCAACCUGCUCUUUAUGAUGUGUCUCAUAUUCUGCGGUGUUCUCGCACCACCGGACAGUUUCCCCAAAUUCUGGAUCUGGAUGUAUCGGGUCAGUCCCUUUACAUACCUCAUAUCCGCCAUAUUGUCCACCGCUGUGGCGAAUACAGAAGCUGUCUGUGCGCAGAACGAAUACGUUGUUUUUCCACCGCCGGAGGGUCAGACGUGUGGGCAAUACAUGCAGGCGUAUAUCAAGAGUGCGGGAGGAUAUCUUGUGGACAAGAGCAGUAAUAGUACAUGCACGUAUUGUACUAUUGGAGACAGUAAUGUGUUUUUGGCGAGGGUUCAGUCACAUUAUGAUGAGAGGUGGAGGAAUUUUGGGUUGAUGUGGGUUUAUAUCAUCUUUAAUGUUUUUGCGGCUUUGGCGCUGUAUUGGCUUGUUAGAGUCCCGAAGAAUAAGAAGGGCAAGAAGGAGAAGAAGGAGUGAAGAGUUAUGAGACAGGCAAUAAUGGGACGACCACUUUUCUUGGUUCUGUAUAUCAAGUCAUUACUAUUUGAGGCUUAAUUGAAAGCGCGCUUGUCACAAUCGCUACUCAUCACCGUCCUGUGUCCAUCUUGAGCUUCUCGCACAAUUCAAUGCGAACAGAAUUAAAUAUUCUUCAAUUCUCGGUGUCCCAUAACUGCUAUCUUAAACUCCAAGCA